UUGGUGUAGGUGUGUGGUUGGAGGACAUGGGGUGGAGACUCGCCUUACUGCUGGUCUCAGGUUUCGUCAUGGAGUGCCUGAGUGUCCCUCGUCACUUCAUCUUUGUAAACAAGACAAAGAGCUGGACUGAGGCACAGAGUUACUGCAGGGAAACUUACACUGACCUGGCCACCAUUACCAACAUGGAGGACAUGAGAAUGGUGAGGGAGAGUGGUGAAGGUGAUAACAAGCAUGUUUGGAUUGGGCUGUAUCAGACGGCUAACCCCAGCUGGAAGUGGUCUCUGGCAGAGGAAGGUUUCUACGGUCCUGGAGAGGCUGACUUCACUGAUUGGAAACCAAAUGAGCCUAACAACUUGGAUACGGAGAAAUGUACAGUACUGACUACUGAGGGUCAGUGGAAUAAUGUGGAUUGUAAAACCAAAAGACCAUUCGUGUGCUACAAAGGUCCCGAUCGUGGCAGUGAGUCAUAUGUCCUAAUUGAUGAGAAGAAAUCCUGGAGAGAAGCUCAGAGCUACUGCAGAGAAAACUACAUCGAUCUGGUGAGUGUGAGGAACCAGGAGGUGAACAAGCGGAUUGAAGACAAGGUGAGGCUGUUGCAGAGUGAGGCUGUCUGGAUCGGCCUGUUCAGAGACAACUGGAUGUGGUCCGACCAGACAAACUCCUCUUUCAGAAAAUGGGGAAAAAACAUGCCUGACAACAAGACGAAUGACAACUGUGCAGUAACAAAACAGAAUGAAGAUGAAGGCAAAUGGAGAGGCAGAAAAUGUGAUGAAGAGCAUCCUUUCAUCUGCCACUGGGACAAGCUGCUUCUGGUUUCUGAGGAGCUGAGCUGGCGGGAUGCGUUGUAUUACUGCCGAGCGCGCCACAUGGACCUGGUCUCCGUCGUCUCGUCUGAGAUCCUCGACUGGGUGAAGAAGUUGGCAAAAGACGCCUCCACUGAACACGUGUGGCUGGGCCUGUACUACCUGUGCCCACUGGACGUGUGGUUAUGGGUCAAGGGAGAGACCGUCUGCUCCACCCUCUGGGAUGAGGGGAGCUUGCCCGGCAGGAAGGAGGCGCGUGGGGGAGCAGGAGCUGUGAUGUCUAGAGAAGAGCAGCUGUGGGUCAGCAAGCCUGAGACCGACAAACUCAACUUCAUCUGUGCUACUGACGAGGGUGAGUAGAAGACCUGGAUGGAAGUCCAGGAUCAAGACCUUCUGUUUCUUCUCAUUGACUCCAGCGGCUUCACAUCAAUGGGCUCUACUAAUGCACACAUGAUUUGAAUGGCAUUGACAUCAACACUGCAUCGCCACGGUUACUGCUUUGGUUAAGCCUCUUUCGGUGAUUCAAUAACUCUUGAAUAGUUCAGUCUUUCUACUUGUUCAGUGAAAAUUACCUUUACAAAACCCAACCCCUUACCUAACCUUAACCAUAAAUUGUAGUUAAAGAGGAGUUAGGAGUUUCAAGAAAGUUUGUUUAUAAUCUGAGCGUCUGAACAUAAAACCAAAUAAAACGUGACCAAUGUUUCUUCCUGAUAAUUGGUGUAGAAAUUAUGUUAACAUUGUAAUGUAAGUUUUCAUUGUAUCUGUAUCCUUUUUGUCUCUGGAAAAUGCACUAUGAGUGACAGCAACCCUAUACUCUAACUAUAAUAACCAUAUACUCUAACUAUAACAAACUACUGCAGUUCACUGUAGAAACUGUAGUUCAUCUUCAGACUGUGUUUCUUUUGAUCCCACUUUUUUCAUUGAAUGGCGACAUUUGCUUAUUAUUUCAGAAAUGUAAACAUUACGUGUGUGUGUGUGUG